AUGUGCAUGAAUCAAAUUUAUUCCCUAAGGGAAUUGGCCUUUCCUCAUUUGGUAAGAUACAUUCCCUUUACAACUUACCCUGGGGCGACCGACUGUUUGAGAAACCUUUCAGAAUUAAGCUGUAGUUCAAACAUUUAUUCGGAAUUCUUUUAUCAGUUAUCACACAUUUGUCACGAAAUACAAUCUUUGAACAUCACUUUCAAUAAUGUCAUUUCGAACGGAUUGAUACAAUUAAUUACCGUUCAAAAGAAUUUGAAGUAUUUGACAUUCGAAGGGUUUGACGAUUUAGAAAUGGUGAUUCCUUUAUUAACGAAACAUUCCACAAAUUUAAUGGAAUUAAAUCUUUAUGGUCAUCUUCCUAUACCUUUGUCAUUUAUCGCUGAUUACACCAACCUACGAGAACUCGUAUUAUCUUUUGAUCGUCAUUAUGGUUUUGAAAAUUUUGAAAUUUUACAAGAUGUUUCCCUUCCUCGAUUACAAAUUUUGAAAUUUUCAUACGGGGGUUCCAAUCAAGAUUAUUUGAUUAAAUUUUUGGAAUGGAAUGGAAAGAAUUUAGAAGAAUUUACCGUUGAUGGUAUUAAUAAUGAUUCGAUAAAUUUGGCUGUAGCCAAAUUUUGUCCAAACCUGAAAUCUUUAUUCACCGUAUUUUUGAAAAAUGAAAUAGAAACGUUAAAAAUAAUCUUUAACACUUGUCAACAGUUGGAAUGUAUUAGGGUUUGGUGUGGUGGUGAAUAUCUACCUGAAGACGUUUUAUUGAAGGUUGUCGCAAAUCAUUCCCCCCCAAAAUUUCAUGAAUUAAAAAUGAAUUAUGAAUGUAAAGGAAAGCGACUCUUUAUAAACUGGAAAUAUCAAAAUAAGGAUCAGAAAAAUAAAAUCUUGCCUUAUUAUGAACAAGAAGAUGAACAUGAACAGUUGAAUGAAUGGUUGAAUCAGGAAUGGUGGAUUCGAAAAAGAACCGAACGGUUGUCGUUGUUAAAGAAUCGAAACGAAAAUGAAAGGUCGAUGGAUCGAAAUGAAAUUGUACGAUCGGAUGAAUUGAUAAGUCGGUCAAUCGGUCUAAAUAGAAGAAAUGAACGGUUUAAUGAACGGUUGAAUGAACGACGGUUUGGUGACUGGACAGAUCGGUCGAUAAGUAUAGAAAGAAGAAACGAUUUGUUGAAUGAACAGUUUAAUGAAAGAUUGGUAGAAUGGACAGAUCGGUCCGUGGGUCAAAAUACAAAUGAGUGGUCAAAUGAACCGACACUUCGAGAUGAAAAUGAUAAGAAGCUUAAUCCUAAAGAAGAAUUAGAGUCCUUUUUUACAAAUUGGACAAAUCGUGUACCAAAAAAAUCAUUUUCUUUGAUUUUUAUCAGUCAGAACUGUUCAAUCACAACAAAGUUGGAGGUUAAAAAGGGUAGUGUUGAAGUAAUUGAAAAAUAUAAAGAGUUGGGCGUCAUUAAAAAGUUUGAAAUUAUUGACUUUUAUGAUUUUGAGCUAUAA